AUGUCUCCGCAACGCCCCGUAAUCAAUGAACGCGAACCCCUCCUCGCGCCUCUCACGGAACCUACAGAGGUUCGCGAUGCGUUGAUCACGGGAUCGCAGGUUUAUAAAGAUAUUGGGAAUGGGACAAUUGGUGCGGAAGACUCGAGUCGAGAUGCAGAGGGGAGAGAAGGAGAUAAUGGAGAAGAAGAUGAAGAUGACGAUACACCGCUCCCUCUAGGACAAAUUCUAGGGCUUUGCUAUAUUCGAUUGGUAGAACCGGUGGCGUUUUUCUCGGUCUUUGCGUUUCUGAAUCAGAUGUUGUGGGAGAUUGGGGAUAUUGGGAAGGGGGAUGUGGGGUUUUAUUCGGGGUUGAUUGAAUCCCUAUUCUCGAUCACAGAAAUGAUCCUCAUGGUCCACUGGGGCCGCGCCUCCGAUAAAUUCGGCCGCAAACCCAUCAUGAUCAUUUCGCUGCUAGGCAUCUCGUUCGCAACAGGUAUUUUCGGGUUCGGCAGGAGUAUUGGACAAUUGAUCAUCUUUCGAUGUAUUGCCGGACUGUUCGCAGGAACGAUCGUGACGAUUCGAACAAUGAUCUCCGAAAACAGCACUAAGAAAACUCAAGCGAGAGCGUUUAGUUAUUUUUCCGUGGCGGGCAAUCUGGGGAUUCUGGUGGGACCGUUGAUUGGCGGUGCUAUGUCCGAACCCGCGAAACAGUAUCCGUCUCUUUUUGGCGGCGUAAAGUUUUUCGAGGAAUUCCCCUUUGCGCUUCCUACGAUUUGCACGGGAUUAUUUGCGUUGAGCUCAACUUUGGUUGCUGCGUUUUAUAUUAAAGAGACAUUGGGCAAGAAAAGGUAUCAAAAGGUAGGAGCGCGCGAUGGAAUGACCAUGAGAGAACUUCUAAAAUUCCCCGGCGUAGCGAGAUGUAUUUACAUUUCAUGCCAUGUGAAUCUAAUGAGUACAAUUUACACAUCCGUUCUAUCUGUCUUCUGGUUCACACCCGUCUCCCUCGGUGGUCUAGGCUUCUCACCCUUCCGCAUCUCUCUCUUCAUAGCCCUCGCAGGUUUCUCGCAAGCUUUCUGGAUGAUCGUCGUAUUCCCUCCCCUACACAAGCGUAUUGGUACCGUUGGUAUCCUGCGCGCGUGCGCUUUCUUCUGGCCUUUCCUUUUCGCCUUCUGUCCUUUUGCAAAUUUCCUGUUGCGCAUGGGAUGGGAAACGACUUUUUGGGUUGUGUAUCCAAUAAGUAUGUCGAUGGGGGUAGGUGUUAGUAUGGCGUUUACAUGUGGUCAACUAGCCCUCAAUGAUAUUGCGCCAUCCUCCGAAACUCUCGGCACCCUUAACAGCAUCGCACUCGCAGUUACAAGCGGUACUCGCGCAUUUGUCCCCGCUCUCUUUACUAUAAUCUUCGCGUAUGGCGUUACGCAUCAGAUACUCUGGGGGUACUUCAUCUGGGUAUUUGAAAUAUUGGUCGCGAUAGGAUUGGUUAUUGCGGUUCCGUUCUUACCAAAAGAGGCUUAUGGGAGGGCAAAGAAAUAG